AUGAGCAGCCCCUACUCCGUCCAGAUUCACCAGAACACCAAGGAGCCUUCUAUCGGAAGCGCUUACAGCCACUCCUCCGACUCCUACGCUUCGUCCGGUAGUUCAACCCCUCGCUCGGUCUCCCCUGGCACUUACCGCGAGCACGGCGCUGCCAAGCACGCCUCCCACGUCUCCAGCUCCGGCCGAAACCUGGUCAUUAACCACCACAAAGUUGUCUACGAUGCCAACUCCCCGCAAGUUCCGUACGGAAACAGUUAUCCGACCUCGCGUCCCUGA